UCUGUUUGAGGGUAUGACUUGCCAAGCGUUUACUUCAUCUGACACCUUUGUACCCUUGAAUUCUGACUCUUCUCCUUCUCUGCCUCUGAUAAUGCAUCACAGCGCUGCAGAAUGCCUACCAGUUUCUAACCAUGCGACCAAUGUUGUGUCUACAGUCCCGUCUGUUUUGUCUUUGAUCCAAACUCCUAAAUGCUCCCAUGUCCACUUUGCCAUGACGACUUUGGGAAACACAUCGGCAGGCCUUCAUUACUCUGUGCCUUCCUGUCAUUAUGGAAAUCAACCAUCUACCUAUGGGGUGAUGGCAGGCAUCAAGCCUGCAACUCCAGAGAUGCUGUCGGCAAGUCUCUCCCAGAGUCGCAUCUUACAGACAUGCAGCAUGCCCCAUCCCAAUGUAGUAAAUGGUGUCAGCACUUUACAAAGCAACCUGACCCCUUGCCUUUAUAAAUUCCCUGAGCAUGCUCUGAGUGCUGGUUCCUGUGCUCUGGGCCAUGGCUUCACAUCCAUGCACCAGUCUGUUCUUGGAGAUGAUCCCACAGCCUCCGACUUCAAGCAGGAAUUCCGCAGGAAAAACAAGUCUGUUGAAGAGCCAAUAGACAUGGAUUCCCCUGAAAUCAGGGAACUGGAGAAAUUUGCCAAUGAAUUCAAACUGCGGAGAAUUAAGCUGGGCUAUACACAAACUAAUGUUGGAGAAGCACUGGCUGCUGUACAUGGCUCUGAAUUUAGCCAAACUACUAUUUGCCGGUUUGAAAACUUGCAGUUGAGUUUCAAGAAUGCAUGCAAACUGAAAUCAAUCCUGUCCAAGUGGCUGGAGGAAGCAGAACAAGUAGGAGCUUUAUACAAUGAAAAAGUUGGAGUGAAUGAGCGGAAGAGAAAGCGCAGAACCACCAUAAGUAUUGCUGCCAAAGAAGCCCUAGAGAGGCACUUUGGAGAACAAAAUAAGCCGUCUUCUCAGGAAAUUAUGAGGAUGGCUGAGGGGCUCAAUCUUGAGAAAGAAGUUGUGAGAGUUUGGUUUUGCAACAGAAGACAAAGAGAAAAAAGAGUGAAGACAAGUUUACAUCAGAACACCUUUAGUUCUAUUAUCAAGGAACAUCAUGAAUGUCGGUAAAGCUUUCUCAUGCAUAGUUGUGGAUUUCCAUUUUGCUUUUCUGUAUACUUUUUUAAGUACUUUGUUGCUUUAAAAAAAAAUCAGUAAACCACUUGUUUUCUUUACAAGCUAGCCAGAUUCAGAUACAGUAUAUUGUGGAAGACUUGAUUUUAAUGUAAAAGAUGGGAAACAAAUUAAAUGCUACUGCAUAUAUUGGAAGAGUUGGAGGCCACUGCUUAACUGCAAGGAACUUAUUAUGCAUUACUCAACUAGAAAUGUUUUACAAGUUGCAAAAGUAGUAUCCCUGUGCUAUGCCUUUCUUGCAUGUGUGGUACAUUUAAUGAUUAAUGGAGAAUUCCAUGUAGUUUAACCUAAACGUCAGGAAACAAAUCUUUUGUGUUAUAUAUGAAGGAAGGUUACCAAGGUUGGUAUCAGUGGCUAUAGUUUUGAGAGAAUUUUGCCUCUGCAUGCUCAUGUAUGUGCUAUAUCCCCCCUCCCCCAUGCUAGCUAGCUAACUUUUGUAAGAUUGUAAGCCAUUAGGCACAUUGCAGGGGCCUGUCUCCAGCAGCAAACUUGGAGCUCACUAAGUUGAGCCUCAGUGAGAAAUUAGAACUUUGAGGAACAGGAGAAGGUAAAUAAGUAACAUCAAACUAGCAGUGGCGACAUUGCUGAAAAUCUAGUUAUGGCCAAGGGUGGAAUAUACUCACAGGAUCUUGUGGGAAUGUUGUCAUGAGACUCCAGAGAGCCAGGAGGGCGGGCAGAGGAACGCUAACCGAUGACUGAAGUCUUUCUAAAGAAUGGAUAGCUACUGACUUGAAACAGAUGUAUACCUCUGAGUAAAGCAUUUUAGGUAAUAAUUUUGUUGUAUAUAUUCAGAAUGAAGACAUUAGAGAUGUGUCAUAAUUGCUGUCUUAUUAUUUAUGGUAGAAUAAGCUUACCACCACCGAAGUGUCAACACAGUUCCUAAUUUGUGCUGUGUCUCAAUAUACCGCUUGACUGCCUUAAAUAGACACCAAGUAGAAGUGACAUUCCUUUUAUUCUAGUUACCAAAGGCAAUUGUUCUUAAUUUAUUAUAUGUCUUAAGGUUUGAUUUGGAUAGGUUUAGCUAUAAAAAUUAGGAUACAAUUUACCAUGUGUUAGCCUAAAAUUCAGUGAUUUGAAGCAAAAACCUAGAGAUUUAUCAGGAUUUUUCUUACUUAGGGCUUUCUCUGUGCUGUAUUUUUCCUGAUUAAAUCCAUGUGUGGACACACUUAUACCAAAGAUAGAGUGUAUUAAGCUACAAAAAGAAGGCCCUUGUGCUCUGAAAUAAGUAUCCACACAAAGAACUUGUUGCACUGUGAACUCCCACUCUCUUACAACCCACUAACUAAAAAUAAUCCCUUAUUUUCCACCUAGCCUAGAGAAAAAAACAGGCAAAAAACAGUGCCAGAGCUCCACCUUUCAGAAAGACAGACAUUGAGGAACUAGAUUAAUGACUUUAGUACUCACCAGGGAUAGAUUACCAAGCCAUUACAUCAGCCCUGCUCAUUGUUAUUAAAAUAUCCCAUUACCAUAUAUGUAUUUUAGACUGUUUUACUAGGACUGAAAUUAAGAGAGUACAUAGAAUGGUAAUCACCAGAUAAAUUUUAUUUUUCCAUAAAACAGACCUGAUGAUUUAGAAAAUGUCUAGCUAAUAGGCCCACAGAAAGCCAAGUGGUGUUAUGUUCAAGAUUGCUUUUAAACAGUGUGUGCAAGUUGAGUGUUCUCACUCUAGUGUAUGUUAAAUUAUCUCUGACAGCUAUUAUAGUGACCACAGGCAUAUUCAGCUAUGGCAGCUGGGCUCCUGGAUUAAGAAAAUACAUUGUUAUGGCUGAAUUGCAUUGUUAUAGCCCCUUAAUUUAGAAGAAGUCUUCAAUUUAAUAAUUCAAAGGGGAGAAAUUAUGCUAUGUGUGCUCUUCAAACUGUUCUCGUCACUAGCAUAGCUCGUUAGAGCAGAGUAAGACUAAGCAUUAGACUUCACCAGUCACAUGCUGUAUUGACAGAUUAUGAACUUUUCAAAAGGAUGAAAGAUAAAUAGUUUAAAAGAUCAACAUUCAAUGAAUGUGGUGACAUGCCUCUGUGUACCUCAUGUUAUGUAAUCUAUUGUUACGUAUGUCAAAACU